AUAUUUUGGUCGAACUAGAUCAUCAGAAAUCGACAAACUCGAGCUACAUAUUUUCACCGACGCCAGUAUUCACGCGUAUGGGUGUGUAGCGUAUUUUCGUGCAUCUAUCGGCGAUGAAGUGAAAUGUUCAUUGGCGAUGUCUAGAUCGAAAGUAGCUCCUCUGAAGAUGCAAUCUAUUCCUCGGCUAGAACUCAUGGGAGCUGUCCUCGGGGCGAGAAUGUGGCAAACUAUUAAAGCCCACCAUUCACUGCCAAUCAAUCGUUGUUUUCUUUGGACUGAUUCGCAAACAGUCAUGAGUUGGCUGCGGUCUGAUCAGCGAAAAUAUAAACAAUUCGUUGCAUUCAGAGUCGGGGAGAUUUUGGAGACGACCGGAUCAUCCGACUGGCGUUGGAUUCCAUCCCGGUUGAACCUCGCUGAUGCGCUGACGAAAUGGGGACAAGGUCCACCGUUGAGUUCAGACGGAGAAUGGUUCAAGGGUGCAAGAUUUCUGUAUGAACCUGAAGAGUCGUGGCCAAACGAGCGACUACCAGUAACUAAUAUUGAGGAAGAAAUGAAAAUGCACUUUCUUCACCAUGAAACAAAGGAGUUUCCAGAACCCAUUAUCAACGUGGAAGUUACGUGGCGCUGGAUUAAGUUAUUGCGAAUCAUAGCUUGCGUAAUCAGAUUUAUCACUAAUAUUCGUCGGAAGGUAAAGGGACUUCCGAUACGUACGCUAAUGUCAAACAAGCAUCAGCAACGCAAACUACAUGUGAACCUCAACACAGUACAACAACCAUUGCAACAGGACGAGUUUAUGAAAGCGGAAGUAAUUUUGUGGAAACAGGCGCAAUUAGAGGUAUUUCCAAAUGAAGUAGUGAUACUGCUGGGAAAUGAAACAAUAAAAGGGGACCAGAAGCCAGCGCAGAUCGGGAAGAGAAGUCCAUUGUAUAAACUCACUCCGAUAUUAGACGAGUUCGGUGUGAUUAGAAUGAACGGUCGGAUGGCUAAAUCCAAGGAAAUUCCAUUUGACAUGAAGUUUCCGAUUAUUCUUCCAAAGGGACACGCAGUGACGAAACGAUUAAUCCAAUAUUACCACGAAAAGUUUGGACAUGCGAAUCGGGAAACGGUGUUGAAUGAGCUUCGUCAAAAAUUCCAUAUUCCGAAGAUGCGAAUGGAAAUUCAACGAGUUAUGAAAGAUUGUAUCUGGUGUAAAGUAAAUCGGUGUUAUGCUGAGGUUCCUAUGAUGGCACCACUUCCGAUUCAACGAAUUACCCAACCUACAAGACCGUUUAGUGCAGUGGGUGUAGACUAUCUGGGACCUGUUGAAGUUACGGUUGGUCGCAGAAGAGAAAAACGGUGGAUUGCAUUGUUCACGUGCCUUGCCGUACGAGCAGUGCACCUGGACGUGGUACACACACUUACGACACAAGCUUGUUUAAUGGCAAUUCGAAGAUUCAUUUGCAAACGAGGUGUUCCCGAUGAAAUCUUCUCCGAUAAUGGGACAAAUUUUAAAGGAGCCAGCAAAGAGUUGAUUUUAUGGAUGAAGAGGGUGAAUUACGAAUGUGCAGAUUCGGUAGUUAAUAGUUCAAUAAAAUGGAAUUUCAAUCCUCCUGGUACACCGCAUAUGGGAGGUAUCUGGGAGAGAAUGGUUCGAUCAGUGAAGGAGGCGAUGAAGGCACUCGACGAUGGUAGACGGUUAACGGACGAAAUUUUGUUGACCACUCUUGCAGAAGCAGAAGAUAUGGUGAAUAGUCGACCACUUACAUAUGUAUCUCAGGAAUCAGCUUCUGAAACGAUUACUCCGAAUCAUUUCCUUAGAGGGACGACCAAAUCAGUGGAUCGUCAUGUAGACGGAUCGGUGGACUUCGCAGAAGCAUUGCGCGAUACGUACAAACGUUCGCAGUAUUUGGCGGACCAGAUGUGGCAACGCUGGUACAAGGAGUAUCUACCUACAAUCAAUAAACGCACCAAAUGGUUCUCUGAAAGAAGAUCGUUAAAGAAAGGAGAUCUGGUGUUUGUGGUAGAUGGUCAGCACCGAAAAAGCUGGAUCAGAGGAAUAGUCGAGGAAACAAUCAUAGGGUCUGAUGGUAGAGUUCGACAGGCAGAUGUGCGAACAAGUAAUGGUUUAUUCCGGCGCGGAGUAGCCAACCUUGCAGUGCUAGAAAUUGGUGGUAAAUCCGGACAACGAUGAAGUGUUACCGGAGUUACGGGCGGGGGGUGUUGGCAACACUGUGCAUUAACGGUGCUCGCAACCGGCCUGCCAUGAAAUUAGUUACGCAAAUAAUGAGACAUGCGACGCCGGUCUACAGUGGUAGUACCGUCGUUGAAUGUUUAUGCCCAAUAGGAAUGAGAAUCAAAACAAAAGAACAAAUUAGAGGUUGAUGAAAGUUGAUUUAAAAGAAAAAAAAUAAGUUUGGCAUAAAAUAGUUAGCACGAAAAAUAUAUUGAAGAAAAAGUUUAUUUAGGAACUAGAGAAUCAUUACGAUAUACGGUAGACUAAAUGAAUUUAGUUGAGUCAUUUUUCUCUAUUUUAAUACUGUUUAUUAUUUCAAAACAUCAAAUUAGGUUUGCGAAAAAGAAAUCAGUGGUCCUUUAAACGGCAAAAAUUUCUAAACUAGUACUAGUACUACUAGAUAGAUAAUCAUUUGUGGACGAGAAAUAUCUGCAAAAUUCCACGACACACGUUGUACGAGGUGGAAGAAAACUAUUAAUUGUAAGUUGUAUAUCAUUUAAUGUAAUUGCACUAUUUACCGGA